AAGGAGGAGGAGGACACAGGAGCCACUUCGGACCCGACCUGAGCGGAAAGAAAAGCAAGUUAGGAGAGACAGAGACGAGUGCACAGUUAACCCCGCGACUGGGGGUUAACGCCACUUCGCCGCUUCCGACAUGGAUAAAGUUAUGAAUUGCGUUUUUGCUGCGAUGACCCUGUUGUUGUCUGCGAGGGGUGAAGUUUUUAAAGGCGAUUGUAACUUCGAGAGGCCCCUGGCGUCGUGCGGGUACAGCCAGGGCAGAGAUGACGACCUGGACUGGGAGCAGAUCAGCACCAGAGAGAAGAGCUCCAGCACAGAUCCGUGGAUGCCCUCAGGAGCAGCCUUCAUGAUGGUGAACACUUCAGGGCGUUUCGCAGGUCAGAGGGCCCUGCUCCUGUCCCCUCAGCUCAAAGAGAAUGACACCCACUGCGUCCUUUUCCAGUACUACAUGGGCGGACGCGACGCCAGCCACCCCGGCCACCUCAACGUCUACAUCCGAGAAAACAACAGUCCCAUGGGCAUGCCCGUGUGGAACGUGUCCGGACCUGCCACCAGAACGUGGGGGCAGGUGGAGCUCGCCAUCAGCACCUACUGGCCCAACUACUAUCAGAUCGUAUUCGAAGUGGUAACCUCGGGCCAGCGCGGUUUGGUGGCCAUCAGAGAAGUGGUGGUCCAGGGACACCAGUGCAUGAACACGCCACAUUUCCUGACGAUUAAAGGAGUUGAGGUGAACGCCGGACAGUCUGCGUCGUUUCAUUGCACGGUCAAUGGACGAAAAAGGGACAACUUCAGACUCUGGCUCCAGCUUCUGCAGCUCCCAGGAGUUUGGGCCCAAAAAAAUCCUGUUGGUAGCGUUACAACCGAACCCCCUGUGCCCAUCGCGCCCCCUCAGCUCACUGCGGUGGGGGCCACGUACCUCUGGAUCCAGCUCAACGCCAACUCCAUCAACGGAGACGGGCCCAUCAUCGACCGCGAGGUGGAGUACAGGACCGUGUCGGGGACCAUGUACGACCUCCAGCCCGUGGACAAGACCACCCACAAGAUCGGACACCUGGACCCCGACACGGAGUACGAGAUCAGCGUGCUCCUCACCCGGCCGCUGGAGGGAGGCACGGGGGCUCCGGGGCCGCCUCUGAGGGCCCGGACCAAGUGUGCAGAGCCCAUGCACGGCCCUCGUAAACUGGAGGUGGUGGAGGUGCAGUCCCGGCAGGUGACCAUCCGCUGGGAGCCGGUGGGAUACAACGUGACGCGCUGCCACACGUACAACCUGACGGCGCAGUACCGCUCCAGGCCUGCGGGGGGCAAAGAGGAGGCCAGGGAGGAGAUCUGCUACGACACGCAGAGCAGAAACCCACAGCACACCAUCCACAACCUGACGCCCUUCACCAACCUGAGCGUCAAACUGGUGCUCAGCAACUCGGAGGGAGUGAAGGAGAGCGCGGAGCUGGAGGUGCAGACGGACGAGGACGUGCCCAGUGCCAUCCCCCUGGAGUCCAUUCAGGGCAGUGCGUACGAGGAGAAGAUCGUCCUGAAGUGGAGAGAGCCGUCGCAGACCUACGGCAUCAUCACACAGUACGAGAUCUCUUACAAGGCGGUGAGUUCAUUUGACCCCGAGCUUGACCUGUCCAACCAGAGCGGCAAAGUGGUGAAGCAAGCCAAUGAGACCACCCACACGUUCACCGGCCUGGACCCCGGCUGCACCUACUCCUUCACCCUGCGAGCCAGCACCGCCAAGGGCUACGGGCCACCGGUCAUCACGCAGUUUACCACCAAGAUCUCAGCUCCCUCUAUGCCCGCCUAUGACCAGGAGACCUCUCUGAACCAGACGGACACUACAGUCACUGUGCUGCUGAAGCCGGCCCAGAGCAGAGGAGCACCUGUGAGUGCUUAUCAGGUGGUGGUGGAGGAAGAGCGCCCCCGCCGAGCUCGUGGCACAGCGGAGAUACUGCGCUGUUACCCGGUGCCCAUCCACUUCCAGAACGCCACUGCGCUCAACUCGCAGUACUAUUUCACGGCCCAGUUCCCAGCAGGGGGCAUCCACGCGCCUCAGCCCUUCACCGUGGGGGACAACAAAACCUACAACGGGUACUGGAACGCCCCGCUACUGCCCCAGAAGAGCUACAGCAUCUACUACCAGGCCGUCAGCACCGCCAACGGGGAGACCAAAAUCGACUGCGUGCGAGUGGCCACCAAAGCGGCCAUCUUGGUGACCCAACUGACCACGCCCUACCUGAGAAUCGCCCCAGCCGCCGGGGACAGCCAGCUCACAGGGGCAGCCACUCACAAGCCCGACGCGGUGGAGCCGGAGAAGCAGACCGACCACACCGUGAAGAUCGCCGGAGUCAUCGCGGGCAUCCUCCUCUUCGUCAUCAUCUUCCUCGGCGUGGUUCUGCUCAUGAAAAAGAGGAAACUGGCGAAGAAGCGUAAGGAGACCCUGAACAGCACGAGGCAGGAGAUGACGGUGAUGGUGAACUCCAUGGACAAGAGCUACACGGAGCAGGGCACCAGCUGUGACGAGGCCCUCUCCUUCAUGGACACGCACGCCUCCCACAGCCUCAACACCACGGCCGGCUCGUCUCCCUCCUCCUUCACCCUGCCCAAAGCCAAUACCUUGAGCUCCUCCAUGCCCUCGGGCUCCUACUACCCAGAUCCUUUUGUUCCAACUGCUAUUUUAGUUCCCAUUAAUGAUGAGAGCCAGAACAUGGGCAGUGACACGAGCAGCCUGGUGCAGCCUCACAGUCACUCUCUGCGGAAGCGCGAGGCGGCAGACGUGCCCUACCAGACCGCCCAGCUCCACCCGGCCAUCCGCGUGGCCGACCUGCUCCAGCACAUCACCCAGAUGAAGUGUUCCGAGGGAUACGGCUUCAAGGAGGAGUACGAGAGUUUUUUUGAAGGACAGUCUGCUGCGUGGGACUCGGCCAAGAAGGACGAGAACCGCAUGAAGAACCGCUACGGCAACAUCAUCGCAUACGACCACUCGCGCGUCAGGCUGCAGGCUCCGGAGGGCGAACAGGGCUCCGAUUACAUUAAUGCAAAUUACGUUGAUGGAUACCACAGGCCAAACCACUACAUCGCAACACAAGGGCCGAUGCAGGAGACGGUGUUCGACUUCUGGAGGAUGGUCUGGCAGGAGAACACGGCAGCGAUCGUCAUGGUGACCAACCUGGUGGAAGUGGGACGGGUGAAGUGCUGUAAGUACUGGCCCGACGACACAGAGAUCUACAGAGACAUAAAGGUGACCCUGAUCGAGACCGAGCUCCUGUCCGAGUACGUCAUCCGCACCUUCGCCGUGGAGAAGCGCGGGGCCCAUGAGAUCAGGGAGAUCCGACAGUUCCACUUCACUGGCUGGCCUGACCACGGCGUGCCCUACCACGCCACAGGGCUGCUGGGCUUCAUCCGCAGGGUCAAGGCCAAGACCCUGACCAACGCCGGACCUAUGGUGGUCCACUGCAGCGCCGGGGCGGGGAGGACAGGCUGCUUCAUCGUUAUAGACAUAAUGCUGGACAUGGCCGAGAGGGAAGGAGUGGUGGACAUCUACAACUGUGUGCGAGAACUGCGCUCCAGAAGAGUCAACAUGGUCCAGACCGAGGAGCAGUAUGUCUUCAUCCACGACGCCAUCUUGGAGGCCUGUCUGUGUGGAGACACCACCAUCCCGGCCAGUCAGCUCCGCUCUGUGUACUACGACAUGAACCGCCUGGACCCUCAGACCAACUCCAGCCCCAUCAAGGAGGAGUUCAGGACCCUGAACAUGGUGACUCCCACGUUGAGAGUGGAGGACUGCAGCAUCGCCCUGUUGCCGAGGAACCAUGAGAAGAACCGGUGCAUGGACGUGCUUCCUCCAGACCGCUGCCUCCCCUUCCUCAUCACCAUCGACGGGGAGAGCUCCAACUACAUCAACGCCGCGCUCAUGGACAGUUAUAAGCAGCCGUCGGCGUUCAUCGUGACCCAACAUCCUCUACCAAACACGGUCAAAGACUUCUGGAGACUGGUCCUGGACUACCACUGCACCUCCAUAGUCAUGCUCAAUGAUGUCGACCCAGCACAGCUGUGCCCUCAGUACUGGCCGGAGAACGGGGUGCACCGUCACGGGCCCAUCCAGGUGGAGUUUGUGUCAGCCGACCUGGAGGAGGACAUCAUCAGCAGAAUAUUCAGGAUCUACAACGCUGCCAGGCCUCAGGACGGGUACAGGAUGGUGCAGCAGUUCCAGUUCUUGGGGUGGCCCAUGUACAGGGACACGCCCAUGUCCAAACGCUCUUUCCUCAAACUCAUCCGGCAGGUGGACAAGUGGCAGGACGAGUACGACGGAGGAGAGGGACGCACCGUGGUCCACUGCCUAAACGGCGGUGGUCGCAGUGGGACCUUCUGUGCCAUCAGUAUUGUGUGUGAGAUGCUCCAGCACCAGCGCUCUGUGGAUGUGUUCCACGCCGUCAAGACUCUGAGGAACAACAAGCCCAACAUGGUGGACCUCCUGGACCAGUACAAGUUCUGCUAUGAAGUGGCUUUGGAGUACUUGAACUCUGGAUAACUUUUGACCAACCGCGUUUCCCCCCUCGGACUCGAACUGGAGACCUGGAGCUUACUGUACACGUGCAUUGUGGCUCCAGCUCCCUGCCGCCCCCUCCUGGACUGCACUGGACAUGGCAGACGUGUACAGAGUUUCAUACAGCCCUUACUGACGCAGGCCGGAGCGAAGGAGACUUUUCCGUUUUCAGAAAGUUGCCCUCUGUUGUGGAUUCCUCACUUUCUGUUGGUCUAAUACAGUUCUGUGCUUGUCGCCUUGAGCUACACUGGACUAUGCGCUUUUGGUAACGCUUUAGAAAUAAGUCUGUGAUGAAUAUUUACAAUGUAUUAGCAAAUAAGGUUAUUUCUUAAAGGUUCUAUAUUACGCGAAAUUGACUCUUGUGAGCUUUAAGACAUGUUAGAAUGCUGUUACUUUAUCAAAAAUAGACCCAGAGUUUUGUUUUGUUUCAUUCACAAAACCUGGAUUAUUAC